AUGCUGCUGCCAGCUGGCUGGGAAGCAAAAGGCAGGGGCCCCCAGGGGCCCCCAGGGGCCCCGGGGGCCCCCAGGGGCCCCCCGGCGUUUGAGUCUUUGGGGAGCGCGUCGGCGCCGCUGACAGCCCCCCACAGCAGCAGCAGCAGCAGCAGCAGCAGCAGCAGCAGCAGCAGCAGCGAGUGGCCUUCGCUGCAGCUGCGGAUUCUGCGGCUUUCGGGGGGCCCCUCGCUGCACUCGCGGCGCGGUGCUGCUGCUGCUGCUGCUGCUGCGGGGUGUACGUACAUCGCAACUGUGGACGGGACUCUCAUUCGCUGCGAAGGAGAAAACCAGCAAAUGCAGCUCAUUGAAUUCGCCAGCUUCAAGGAGCAGCUGCAGCUGCGGCGUUUGUUCCUGUCGCCUUCCGGCAGCCACUUGGUUGCUGCAGCAGCAAACGGGGUUACGGUGUACGUACACCGCAGCAGCCGUGCUGCUGCUGUGCUGCAGCAGCUAAAAGGAAAAAUAAUUGAGUGUAUAGCCUGGAGGCCCCAAGCAGCAGAUGACGGCGCCUGCGCCUUUCUCCUAGGAACCCGCUGCGGCAGCGUCAUGGAGUGCCUUAUUAGCGGCGGCAAAGAGCGGCAGCUGCGGCUGCUGCUGCAGCUGCCAAAGGCAACCCCAGCCCUAAGCCUUGCUGUUGUCUCUGCGGGGCUGGGCCCCGAUGCCCGCGUGGCUGUUCUGGUGGCUACAGACACACAGCUGCUUUGCUUCUUCGGGGUUGGUGGUGUUGCUGCUGCUGCUCCCAGCUACCUUGCUGUGGACAGCAGCAGCAGCAGCAGCAGCGCGGGCCCCAGCGCUGCUGCUGCUGUCUUCACUGUUCAUUGGCUUUCUCCGGUGGGGCUGCUGAUAGGGGAGCUGCGGCUGCCCGCAGCAGCAGCAGCAGCAGCAGCAGCAGCGGCGGGCAGCAGCGGCAACUUGCUGUCGUUCCCGCCCGCAGUGGUGCUGCUGCCUCCAGCUUCGUUGGUAGCUGCUGCGAGCAGCAGCAACUACAGCGCUGCAGCAGCAGCAGCAGCAGCAGCAGCAGCAGCAGACGCCCUCAACCCGCAGCAACGGCCGCAGCCAUUAGCUUUUGCUGUUUCUUCAAAACAUUUUCUUUUUCUUUACGAGCACUGCGUCAUCGCCUACUCCAAAAUCUCCAGACAAUACAGCAUGUCUCUCUCGCUGCCGCAGCACCUUUACGGGAAGGCGCUGCAGCUGCUGCAGGACAGCAGCAGCAGCUGCAGCAGCAGCAGCAGCUGCUGCAGCAGCAGCAAGGGGCUUCUGCUGCUGACCACGGAGUUCGCUGCCCACCUCCUGCUGCAGCAGGAAGAUGCCAAUGUUUGGGAGCUGCUGCUGUCUCGCAAUGACUACUCCGGGGCCCUAGCUGCCUGCCGCACGCUGCAGCAGCGAGAAAUAGUGCUGCGCAGCAAAGCGAAAGCGUUGCUGCUGCAGCAGGAGUGGGUUGCUGCUGCUGCUGCGCUGGCGAGCUGCUGCAGCGUCGGCUUCGACGACGCCUGCUGCUUGCUGCUGGAGCUGCAGCAGCAGCUGCCGCAGCAAGAGCAGCAGCUGCUGCAGGCCCUCCGGGUGUACGUGACAGCCAAGCUGCAGCAGCUCGCAGAGACAGCAGCCCCACAGAAGAUGGCGCAGAGAAGCUACCAGUUCCUUGCGCCGGGGGACCGGCCAUCCCCGCAGCAAGUGGUGCUGUUCGCGUGGCUGCUGCGGCUGCUGCUGCAGCAGCUAAAUGCCUUAGACGCAGAGGCGCUGCGGGCGGCCUCGCCGCCGCUUUCAGCAGCAGCAGCAGCAGCAGGAGAAGGGGAAGCAGCAGCAGCAGCAGCAGCAAGCAGCAGCCAAGUUGCUGCGCUGCAAGAGGCGCAGCAGCGGACGCAGCAGGAACUGCGGCAGCUGCUGAGCGAGUUCAAGCAUGUCAAUGAGUUGCAUGCGACGGUGGUAGGCCUGCUGCAAAGCAGCGGCCGCAGCGGCUUGCUGCGGGACUUUCUGCUGCUGAUUGGAGACGAACAUGCAUGCGCUCGUUUGUUUUUGAAUUCCGCGCAGUACCGCGAUGCGCUAGAAGCAAUUGUUGCAAUAAAAGAUCCCGAGGUUCGCUGCAGCUCUUUUGCUUCCUAUGCCCCGCUGCUGCUGCUGCACCGCCCGCAGCACUUUGCUGCUGCAGCAAAGCGCCCGGAGCUCAGCGGCCUGCAGCCCUGGCGGCUGCUGCCCUCCCUCAUGCUGCCCGUGGUCCUGCUGCAGCGGGACCAGCAGCAGCAGAGCAGCAGCAGCAGCGGCAACAGCAGCAGCAGCAACAGCAGCAGCAGCAACAGCAACAGCAGCAGCAGCUACAGCAGCAGAAGCUACGCGUGUUGGAAAGCCGCCGUGCAGCUCACGAAGCACUUCACUGAGCAGAAUGCAAGCAAAACCGGAAUUGUUUUCCCGUUCGGCAAAGGAGGCUCGCUGCAGGCGAGCGGACUCCCCAGCAGCAGCAGCAGCAGCAGCAGCAACAGCAGCAGCAGCAGCUGCUGCUGCAGCUGGGCGUCGCCUGCAGGCGUGGGGACGGCGCUGCUGCUGCUGCUGGCGGAAGCCCCUGACGACUCCGAGGCGGAGUUGGCCUCGGCCAUCACAGAAAGCGGCGGCAACUUCGACGCUCUGGUGUCUCUACGCCACUGCGAAGCGAAGGGGAAGUGGCGUUCGGUGGUUUUGCUGUACGUACACCUCAAGCGCUACCAGGCAAGCCCCAGGGAAGCCGUGCGGCUGGCGCUAGCUGCUUCGGACCUGCAGCUAGCGGAAGAAGCAGCAGCUUGCUGCAGCGAUGAAGUUUUGAAAAAGAGACUUUGGGGGGACAUUUGCCGCUACGUGGGGGAAAGGGAAGAUGGGGCUUCUUUGCUGGCGCUGGUUGAGCGCUCCAACCACUGCAUCAAUAUACAAGACUUGCUGCCACUGCUGCCCGACGCAGCUUUGCUGCGAGACGUGGCCCCCGCGCUGCGCGCAGCAGCAGCAGCAGCGCAGCGCAGCAGCAGCAGCAGCAGCAACGCCCUGAAGCAGCACCUCAGCGCCAUUAGGGACUUGAAAGACCAGCUGCAGGCCGUCAAUCAAAAGUGCCUGGUGAUCGACGCGGCGCAGCUCUGCGACCUCUGCGGCGCUGCAGUUGUCUGCAGCAAAUUCUUCGCCUUCCGCUGCGGCCACUGCAUGCAUGCUGCAUGCGUCCAGGCCCUUCUAAUCCCCGCCAUGAACGCGGAAGAGCUGGGGAGAUUUGACCGCAGCGUGGCGGCGCUGGCAGCAGCAAUUAAGGAGGACUCUCCGGAGGUGGAGGCCCUAGAAGAGUGCGCAGCAGCAGCAGCAGCAGCACAGCAGCAGCAGCAGCAUAGCAGCAGCAGCAGCAGCAUAGCAGCAGCAGCAGCAUAG